AUGUAAACUUAAAGAGAUAAUUUACAGAGUAGAGGAUAAUUGAGCUCAAGUCAUAGAAAUUUUUAAUCUAAAAGAACCAAGACAGAACCAUCUUUGAUUCCUAAUUUUGAUAUCUUGUAAGAGAAUGUGAAGAAUUAGUUUGCUCUAGGCCAUAUACGUGGGAAAUGGCUUCAUAAACCUUAGUAUGUUAUUCCAAAAACUGAAAUUUAAUAAAAAAGAGAUGAGACAUAUGGAAAAGUAAACAAUAAAUCGAAGACAAAAAAAUUAACUUUCUUGAAAUUUGGAUUUAGAAUGCAUGAAAAAAAGAACAAUUAUUAUUUAUAACCUCUAAUCAAAUAGGUUCAUGAUGCUUUUGGAGAAUUGGCUAAUGAUGGGUCUAUGGGAGUAGUUGAUUUAUGGAGUGAUCGUAAUGUUAAUAGAUUAAUGGAUGCAAUAGAAAUGACAAGAGAUAAUUUGUUAGUAAGAAGAAUGGGUAAGGAAAAACAAAAGAGUGAUGAGUCUGGAUUAAAUAGAGUGAAUGAUAAAAAAGUUAAUAACAUUUUUAAAUCAAGUGAUGAUGAUACUUUUAAAAUAAAAUUUCAAUUAACUGAUAUAGAAAAGAGAAGACUAACAAGGAUUGCUAUGCCUACAUUAUGCUGGUAUUUUAUUUAAUUUUAUUUAAUUAGUUAAUUAAGACAUGAAGAUCCUAAUUAAGGUAUUGCUGCUAUUGUUAAUUCAAUUGAUGAAUUACAUUAAGAAAACUUAGAAAUAUAUACCAAUCUUUAUUAAUAAAUAAAAAAGAUAUAAAGAAAUAUCAAAUGA